GGAAUAGAAUAGAACAGAACAGAAUAAAAGACAGGAGAAUAUAUAUUAGACAUCAGAAGAAGCAGUAGCUGAAAACGAAGCUAGCAUUGCACGUCCUCUGCCGUGUCCAUCAUGUUCGGUUGGCGUUCCAGCAAGACGGAGAUCUCCGAUGCAUUGUCUAUCGUGGAGCUGCUGGUGCAUAUGGAUUGUGAGGGCUGCGAGAAGCGGAUUCGAAGAGCAAUCUCUAAAAUAGAAGGCGUGGAUACUGUGGAGGUGGACAUGAAUCAACAGAAGGUGACAGUCACGGGGUAUGUGGACCAGCGACACGUGCUGAAAGUCGUGAGGAGAGCCGGGAGGAAGGCCGAGUUCUGGCCUUACCCUUAUGACAGCGAGUACUACCCCUACGCGGCGCAGUACCUAGACGAGUCUACCUUCUCGUCCACCUACAACUACUACCGCCACGGCUUCAACGAGAGCGUCCAUGGGUACUUUCCCGACCAAGCAUAUUCCACUGUCAGUGACGAGACUGUCUUCCUCUUCAGCGACGAUAACGUCCAUGCCUGUAGUAUCAUGUGACAUUUACUGAACAUUAUAUAUAUAUAUAUAUAUAUAUAUAAUAUAGCUACGAUUUCAUGACACGAGUAUACUCCCAACUAUUAGUACAAUAUGUCCUAUAUGUGUUGCAAUGAAGACAGAUGAAGAGUUAAUGAUGAUAAUUAUGAAUGCGGUUUGGUUUGGCGGACAAAUUAAAACCGA